UGUUUUCAUUCUCAGUGGAACGUGGUAAGAUGGUAAAAAACAGCUGAUUUCAUAUUUUUUACAACAAAACAAUAAUAAUAGUUAUAGUUAUAUAUUUAUUUUUAUAUUUUAUCUUAUAAUUUUUCUAUCGUUUGAAUCCAUUCAAACGCGAGAAAAAAAAACAAAUUUUUCUACGAAAAUGAAUUAUUUAUAAAUGAAAAAAAUUUAUAAAUUUAACAAGUGCCAAAAAAUUACAAAAAUGGAAUACACCCGAAGUUGUUGUAUACAAAAUUGCCGAGGGGGAAGACGGGGUGUAUGUACUACAGUUAUUAUCCUUGGAAUACUUAUAAGCUCAGCAUUGUUAGCUUACACAGCAUUCGGACCAAAGAGUGACAAUCGUUCGAUACGUCAAAUAGCCAUUAUUUUCAGACAUGGAGAUAGAACACCAACAGAAACUUAUCCAAAUGAUCCAUAUAUUAAUUACAGUUGGGAAGACGGCUGGGGAGCUUUAACAAAAGUAGGGAUGCUCCAACUUUAUCAGUUGGGUGAAUGGAUAAGACUAGAGUACGAUGUAGUUAUUGGAAAAAAAUAUCAAACAUCAUCUGCUAAAAUAAGGAGUAGUUAUGCUGACCGAUGCAUUAUGUCUGCACAAGCUUUAUUAGCAGCUUUAUAUCGUCCCGAACCUGGUGAUAAUUUUAUGAAUGAUUUGCCAUGGCGACCUGUGCCCGUACAUUCCAUUCCUCGUGAUACCGAUAAGUUAAUAACUGUUAAACAUCGGUGCCCAACAUUAGAUUAUGAAUUGAAGGAAGCAUAUGCUAAUGAAUCUAUUAACAGUGGUGAACAAAUGGCUUCAUAUUUUAAUGAGCUCUCUUAUUAUACUGGAAAAAAAAUAUCAACUAUUACUGAUGUUGAAUUUUUGUAUAACACAUUAGAAAUAGAGGCUAAUCAUGGAUUAGAAUUACCCGAAUGGACUAAAAAGUUUUAUAACAAGGAAAUGAGAGAAAUAGCGUCGCGUUCGUUAUCUCUAUUUACAAGUAAUACAUUUCAACAACGUCUUCGCGGUGGCCCACUAUUGAAAGAAAUAACAAAUAACAUGAUGCUAUCACGUAAUGGCCACGAUAAAAUAAAGUUAUAUUUAUAUUCAGCUCAUGAUAUAACGUUAGUUAAUGUUUUACGUGCCAUGGGAUUUACAAAUGAAUUAUUUAAACCAGAUUAUGGAGCUGCAUUGAUUUUUGAACUCGUUUUAGCUGAAGAUUUCGAAGAAAACGAUCUCGAAGUACACGUCAAAGUUAAAUAUUUAAAUAAUACAGAAAUGUAUGAAGCAACACCAUUAGAAAUACCAAACUGUAAAGAACCAUGUAAAUUAGUCGAUUUAUUAAGUGUUUGGAAAGAUGUUUUGCCGGCAGACUGGGAUGCUGAGUGCCUCAGUGUAUCAUUUAAAUUAUUUCCUUUUUUGUCUCUCUUGGAAACUAUCAAAAUGUUCAGCUGGUUAACGCGGGAAGGCAACGACAAACAAGAUCUUUUUGACAAUGUAACGCAGGGGCUUAAUCAAAUCUACAAAACAAAGCUGCUGCCUCUAGAGCAGCACUAUCAGUUCCAUGAUUUUCACUCGCCUCAGCUAGACGACCCCGAUUUUCAUGCCAAGCCGAUGAUCCUCUUGGUCGGUCAGUACUCGACUGGUAAAACGACUUUUAUUAAAUACCUUCUGGAGCGAGAUUUCCCGGGUAUUAGGAUCGGACCCGAGCCUACAACCGACCGAUUCAUUGCGGUUAUGUACGACCAGAAAGAAGGCGUAAUUCCCGGGAACGCUUUGGUAGUCGACCCUUCGAAACAAUUCCGUCCGUUGGCUAAAUUCGGAAACGCUUUUCUCAAUCGUCUGCAAUGUUCUACUCUACCGUCUCCAGUUUUAAAAGGAAUCUCAAUAGUAGACACACCGGGAAUUCUCUCCGGGGAAAAACAACGCGUAGACAGAGGGUAUGAUUUUACUGGAGUGCUAGAAUGGUUUGCGGAACGAGUCGACCGAAUAAUUUUGCUAUUUGACGCCCACAAAUUGGACAUUUCCGAUGAAUUUCGCCGGUCAAUUGAAGCUCUACGCGGGCAUGAUGACAAAAUACGAAUUGUCCUUAAUAAAGCAGACAUGAUUGAUCACCAACAGCUGAUGCGAGUCUACGGUGCUCUUAUGUGGUCGCUUGGUAAAGUUUUACAAACUCCAGAGGUAGCACGUGUUUACAUCGGGUCAUUUUGGGAUCAACCUUUGAGAUACGACGUCAAUAGAAGACUUUUCGAAGCAGAAGAGCAGGAUUUAUUCAAAGACAUGCAAUCACUUCCAAAAAAUGCAACUCUCAGAAAAUUAAAUGAUCUGAUCAAGCGAGCGAGGCUGGCUAAAGUCCAUGCUUACAUCAUCAGCGCGCUCAAGAAGGACAUGCCGUCGGUAUUUGGAAAGGAUGCGAAAAAAAAGGAAUUGAUUAAAAAUCUAGGGGCUAUUUACGAUCAGAUUCAAAGAGAACAUCAGAUUUCACCAGGUGAUUUUCCUGAUUUGAAAAAAAUGCAAGAGUCGCUUGUUAAUCACGAUUUCACUAAAUUUAAUCCACUAAAACCAAGACUACUGGAGAUUGUCGAUAAAAUGCUCGCUGAAGACAUUGCCAAACUCAUGGCGAUGAUUCCUCAUGAAGAAGUUUCUACAACUACUGAACCUCUGAUAAAAGGAGGUGCAUUCGAGGGCGUUGAAGAUCAGACUAGUCCAUUUGGUUACAAACGCGGAGAAGGAGUUGAUGCAGGUUCCGGAGAGCCAGAAUGGAUUGUCAACAAAGAACGUUAUAAAUACGAUUCACUCUUUGAAAGUUUGGGACCUACUGAUGGAAAAAUAACUGGCUCAGUCGCCAAAGCCGAAAUGGUAAAAUCAAAGUUACCGAACAGCGUUUUAGGUAAGAUAUGGAAACUCGCAGAUGUCGACAAAGACGGGCAAUUAGAUGCCGAAGAAUUUGCACUCGCAAUGCAUUUAAUAAAUGUUAAAUUAGACAAUUAUGAUCUACCAACCACAUUACCCGAUCAUUUGAUACCUCCUUCCAAAAGAUCGUGGGGCGAAUCACAAUAAAUUAAAUUAUUAUUAUUAUUUAUUUAUUAUAAAUUUUAUAAACUCAAUAGAAUUUAAAAUGAAAUACAUAAUUAUCGAUUAGUCAAAAUUUUCUAUAAAAGUAAAUAAACAUCACAAAAUUAUUUAUUUAAUAAAUAAGCAGAUAAUAUAUUUUUAAUUGAUGCAUUUAAAUAUUCUGUUCUUAAAAUAAAAAAUAAAUAAUUUUGUCGGCUGUAUAGAAAUUUACGUGUGUAAAUAAGAAAAAAAUAUAGACUUAAAUUGCAUUUUAAUGCAGGAUAAAAAAAUAUGAAAUUAAAUAUAUAUAAGCACAUACUUGCACAAUUGCUUGAUAAUUUGUUUAUUUUUUUAACAAUUUGUGCAAUUACUUUAAUUAUUAUUAAACUAAAGACCAAUUUAUUUUUAAAAUAAAUUUUUUAAAAAUGUAUAUUUAUUAAAAUUAUAUAAAUAUUUGUAUCUAUAUAAACAUUUAUAAGAUAAAUUUAUUUAUUUAUUUAUAGUGGAGUAAGAAAAAAUAAGUAAAACUCAAUCUCCAGUUAUAAAUAAAUAAUUAUUUAUAGAAAAAAGUAAAAAUAUUAAAAUUUUUUGCUACAAUUGUACUAAAGGAAUUGACAAUUUCAUAAGUUUUGUAAUUAAAUUUUAACUAAAUUAAUUAGUCAAAACUAAAAC